AUGUUAGAUAAAAAUUAAAAAUCAAGUGAAAUAGAUAUAGACGUUGAUAAUAUUAUAGAAAAGCUUUUAAUAUGCAGGGAAUAUAAGCCUGGUAAAUAAGCUAAUAUAACAGAGUAAGAAAUUAGAGGAUUAUGUAUUAAAUCAAGGGAAAUAUUUAAUUCAUAGCCUAUUUUACUUGAACUUGAAGCACCUUUAAAGAUUUGUGGUGAUAUUCAUGGAUAAUAUUAUGAUUUACUCAGACUUUUCUAAUAUGGACAAUAUCCUCCUGAAACAAACUAUUUAUUUUUGGGUGACUAUGUUGAUAGAGGAAAAUAAAGUUUAGAAACAAUUGCAUUAUUACUUGCAUAUAAAAUAAAAUACCCUGAAAAUUUUUUUUUAUUAAGAGGAAAUCAUGAAUGUGCUUCAAUUAAUAGAAUAUAUGGAUUUUAUGAUGAAUGUAAAAGAAGAUAUAAUAUAAAACUAUGGAAAACAUUCACAGAUUGCUUUAAUUGUUUACCAGUAGCAGCUGUAAUAGACGAUAAAAUAUUUUGCAUGCACGGCGGUUUGUCUCCUGAAUUAACAAAUCUUGAGUAAAUUCGUAGAAUAAUAAGACCUACUGAUGUACCUGAUACAGGUUUAUUAUGUGAUUUAUUAUGGAGUGAUCCUGAUAAAGAUGUAUAGGGAUGGGCUGAAAACGAAAGAGGUGUUUCAUAUGUAUUUAGUCCUGAAAUAGUGUCUGUUUUUCUAAAAAAACAUGAACUUGAUUUGAUUUGUAGAGCACAUUAGGUUGUAGAAGAUGGAUAUGAAUUUUUUGCAAAAAGAUAACUAGUAACAUUAUUUUCGGCACCGAAUUAUUGCGGAGAAUUCGAUAAUGCGGGUGCUAUGAUGACUGUGGAUGAAUAAUUAAUGUGCUCUUUUUAAAUUUUAAAACCGGCGGAUGCUAAGAUGUAAAACGAGGCUAUGGGAUAAAAUAAAUUUAAGUGAGAAAAGAAUUUGUAUAUAAAAAGAUUUUUUUUUAUUUGUGUUUUUUUUUUAUGUUUUUUUUUUUAUAAAAUAGAAAUUAAGAAAAUUUA